AUGGCUAGACGAGGUCUUAUCAGUCUCUUUGUGAUCUUUCUUCUUGCUGCUGAGAUUUUGGCUGAUGAGCCAACAUACAACGUCGUAAACUUUGGAGCCAAAGGAGAUGGCAACACAGAUGACACUCAAGUUGAUGGAAACCUUAAAAGAACAAAUGAAAUAUGGAAAGAAAACUUGAAUAGCUGGCUUCUUUUCAUUCGAAUCAAUGGCCUAAACAUCUACGGCUCCGGCGAGCUCGAUGGCCAAGGGACAAACUGGUGGUCAUGCAAAGAGAAAAAUCAAUGUUCAAUGGAAGCUGCCAAUAGUCUUAGGCUGCUGAGUUGCACAAAUGUACAGAUAUCGGGGUUGAAGCUGAUCAACAGCCCCAUGAUGCAUAUAUCGGUGGGGAAAAGCACCAAUGUCGACAUCAGAGGGAUCACCAUCUCCUCCCCCGGCGACAGCCCCAACACCGACGGCAUCCACAUCCAGCAAAGCCAACAUGUCAUGGUAACAGACUCCGUAAUUGGCACAGGAGAUGAUUGUGUGUCGAUGAGUGAUGGUGCUGUGGAUGUUUCUGUCCACAAUGUAGCAUGUGGUCCUGGCCAUGGAAUAAGUAUUGGGAGCUUGGGCAUAGCUGGGACCGUGGCAACAGCAUCAGACAUCUACGUUUCCAACUGCAACUUGUCCCAAACGACCAAUGGAGUCAGGAUCAAAACAUGGCAGGGUGGGUCUGGCUUUGCGAGGAACAUAUCAUUUGUGAAUAUUAACAUGAAUGAAGUGCGUAACCCCAUAAUUAUAGACCAGUACUACUGCCCUCACAGCAGCUGUGCAUCAAAGACAACAGCAGUCCAAGUGAGCGAUGUGAAAUAUCUCUCUGUGGCAGGAAGCUCAACGAGUAGUGUAGCAAUUGCUCUGAAUUGCAGCCAAACUGUGCCUUGCACCGGCAUCACCAUGGACAAUGUUAAUUUGUGGUCUGCAAAUCAAGGACAGCAGGUGCAGUCUAACUGCAUCGAUGCCAAAGGAUCCCAAUAUGAACUUUUGGAAGGAUUGAUCAAAGUACGCAAGGAGCUUAAAUCAUAUGUACAAAGGCAUGACCUUGUUACUGAGCAAGAGCAAUCUGUCAAAGAUUUACUCCAUUGCUACAAUUUCAUGGAGGAGUUUGAGAAGUUGAAAGUUUCUGAAACCUCUCCUAAAGUAUCUGAGAUGGUAGCCCAGAAAUCAGACAAAUCCAAAUCUAGCCCAGGAUCCAAAUCAUGA